UUUUCCACGUAGUGUGUUUACUAAGUACAGAUUGUCGGCCGGUUUAUGUGUUUCAUUUGUGUAUAUUAGGAACCAUAUAGCUACCUUUUGAAUUAAUAGUUUUUGGUUUGAAUGUGUCUCACGUACUGGAAUGUCAAAAUAUAGUUGUUUUCCUAUGUCUUGUAAUUGAUUAUUGGUCAUCACUGUUGGGCAGUUAGCUUGCUAGCUUAUCAAUUGAAAUUGCACAGGACUCCAUCUUGGAACUCCUAACAGGUAUCAGGAUGGUGGACAAGAAUAUAUACAUUGUCCAAGGGGAGAUCUGUACUGUUGUAGGUGCCAUCAAGAGGAAUUCAAGGUGGAAUACCCAUACUCCUUUGGAUGAGGAACAAGAUCCAUUGCUUAACAGUUUCAGCCACCUGAAAGAGAUUCUCAACAAUAUGAAAGAGCUGUCAGAUGUGGAGCCCAACGUAUUCCUGCGGCCCUUCCUGGAGGUGGUACGAUCUGAAGACACCACCGGACCAAUCACAGGCCUGGCCCUCACCUCUGUCAACAAGUUCCUGUCCUACGGCCUCAUAGAUGCUAACCACGAGGCGGCGGCGGAGGCCAUCGAGAACAUGGCGGAUGCCGUCACACACGCCAGAUUCGUGGGGACGGACCGCGCCAGCGAUGAAGUAGUGCUCAUGAAAAUCCUACAGGUCCUGAGGACUUUGCUGCUCACGCCCGUAGGAGCCCACCUGACCAACGAGUCUGUGUGUGAGAUCAUGCAGUCGUGUUUCCGCAUCUGCUUCGAGAUGCGCCUCAGCGAGCUCCUGAGGAAAUCAGCCGAACACACACUGGUGGACAUGGUGCAGCUGCUGUUUUCCAGACUACCCCAGUUUAAAGAGGAGGCCAAAAGUUUUGUGGGCGCCAACAUGAAGAAGCUGAAGAUGCGUGCUGGUGGGAUGAGUGAGUCGUCAAAGUGGAAGAAGCAGAAGCGCUCGCCCCAUCCCCCCCGUCACAUGGUGCGAAGUGCCUCGGGCGGGUUGGAGCAGGCCCCUACCACCACCCUCAGCAACAACAACCUCUCUGGUGGUGUCCCAUUCAUCGAGCAGGAUAGUUUGUCUGUCUCAGACAGCGUGGCCUCCUCCAUGUCCAUCCCCACAGACAGCGGCCUGGACACCUGCUCCAAGGCCACCUCCAGAGAGGACCUGACAGACCUGGACCAGAGCAGCUCUGCCGCCACCACCCCUUCCACAGAGCCUGGACGCCUGUACACUCAGUCUGAGUGUAGGCAGGUGGAGCAUGCCCAGUCAACCUCGGUGGAGUCCAUCCCUGAGGUCCUGGAGGACGGAGAAUCUGUGACGGAGCAUUCGGACUCAGCCUCAUUACAUGACAUGGACUAUGUCAACCCCCGAGGAGUACGCUUCACACCACAGCAAACACAGAGAGACGGUGAGGAUGGUGCGGCUCUCAUCCCCUACUCCCUGCCCUGUCUGCGGGAGAUCUUCCGCUUCCUCAUCUCACUGACCAACCCCCAUGACCGCCACAACACGGACGCCAUGAUGCACAUGGGCCUGCAGUUGCUGACCGUGGCUCUGGAGGCGGCUCACAUCGCCCCCUACCAGUCACUGCUGGGCCUGGUCAAAGACGAGCUCUGCAGACACCUCUUCCAGUUGCUAAGUGUGGACCGUAUGAACCUGUAUGCCGCCUCCAUCCGAGCGUGCUUCUUGCUCUUUGAGAGCAUGCGAGGACAUUUGAAGUUUCAGCUCGAGAUGUAUCUGAAGAAGCUGAUGGACAUCAUCACGUCAGAGAACAUGAAGGUGCCCUAUGAGAUGAAGGAGAUGGCCCUGGAGGCCCUGGUGCAGCUCUCGAGGAUCCCCAGCUUCGUCACCGAGCUCUACAUCAACCACGACUGUGACUUCUACUGCUCAAACCUGUUUGAAGACCUCACCAAGCUGCUCUCCAAGAAUGCCUUCCCUGUGUCCGGACAGCUCUACACAACCCACCUCCUCUCACUAGAGGCCCUACUCACUGUGAUUGACAGCACUGAGGCCCACUGCCAGACCAAGGUGCUCAACAGCACCACUCAGCAGGACCAAUCAGCAGAAAUGGUGUUGGCGGAAGGGGAGUGCUCACCCAACGACUGUACAGACACAACCACGGAAGCGAGCAGGCAGGUGAACAGUGCCAACGGUCAGAAUGUUCCAGAGGCUGACAGUGUGCCCCUACCACCUACCUGCGGGCACCUGAUGGCAGAUAAGAUGAGACUGGGCAGACGAGACCAGGAGGAGACAGAACCAGCUGAGAAGAAAGAACCAAAAAAGCCACAACGCUUCUCGUCUUGUUUACCUGAUUCUCAAGAGCUGUUGGACAUCAGAAAUAAAAAGAAGCUGCUGAACAGCGGAACAGAGCAGUUCAACCAGAAGCCUAAGAAGGGCAUCCAGUUCCUGCAGGAGAAGGGUCUCCUCAGCAGCCCCAUGGACAACAACGAGGUGGCCCAGUGGCUCCGGGAGAACCCUCGCCUCGACAAGAAGCAGAUCGGAGAGUUCAUCAGUGACCGCAAAUACAUGGAGCUACUGGACAGCUUCGUCAGCACGUUCACCUUCCGAGGGCUGCGUAUUGACGAGGCGCUGCGUCUGUAUCUGGAGGCCUUCAGACUGCCAGGAGAGGCUCCGGUCAUCCAUAGACUUUUGGAAACCUUCACAGACACCUGGCAUAAAGUGAACGGCUCUCCCUUCAUGACCAACGACGCAGGCUUCGCCCUGGCCUAUGCUGUCAUCAUGCUCAACAUGGACCAGCACAACAACAACGUGCGCAAGCAGAACAUCCCCAUGACCAUUGAGCAAUUCAAGAAGAAUCUGAAGGGUGUGAAUGGAAAUACAGACUUUGAUCAGGAUAUGCUGGAGGACAUCUACAAUGCAAUCAAGAAUGAAGAGAUAGUGAUGCCAGACGAGCAGUCUGGCCUGGUGAAGGAGAACUAUGUAUGGAACGUGCUGCUCCACCGGGGGGCCACCUCCGAGGGGGUCUUCCUCCAUGUGCCCGCCGGCAGCUACGACCACGACCUGUUCACCAUGACCUGGGGGCCCACCAUCGCAGCCCUCUCCUACGUCUUCGACAAGAGCCUGGACGACACAAUCAUCCAGAAGGCCAUUGCUGGCUUUAGGAAAUGUGCCAUGAUAUCAGCUCAUUAUGGAUUCAGUGACGUUUUUGAUAAUUUGAUCAUCUCCCUCUGCAAGUUUACAACACUCAGCAGUGAGUCGGUGGAGAACCUGCCCACAGUGUUUGGGAGUAACGGGAAGGCACAGAUAGCGGCGAAAACAAUGUUCCACCUGGCCCACCGGCACGGUGACAUCCUGAGGGAGGGCUGGAAGAACAUCAUGGACUCCAUGCUGCAGCUGUUCAGAGCCGAGCUGCUGCCCAAGGCCAUGCUGGAGGUGGAGGAUUUUGUGGAGCCAAAUGGAACGAUUUCCCUUCAAAGAGAAGAGACACCGUCAAAUCGGGGUGAGUCUGCGGUGCUGAGCUUUGUGAACUGGCUGACACUGAGUGGAGCGGAGCAGUCUGGUCAACGUGGGCCCUCUACUGAGAACCAGGAGGCCAAGCAGGCAGCCAUGCUCUGUAUCAAGCAAUGUGACCCAGAGAAGCUGAUCACAGAGAGUAAAUUCCUGCAGCUGGAGUCUCUACAGGAGCUGAUGAAGGCCCUGAUCUCAGUCACACCUGAUGAGGAGACGUAUGAUGAGGAGGAUGCUGCGUUCUGCCUGGAGAUGCUGCUACGCAUAGUCAUGGAGAACAGGGACCGUGUGUCGUGUGUAUGGCAGACGGUGCGGGAUCACCUGUGCCACCUGUGUGUCCAGGCUACAGAGAGCUGCUUCCUGGUGGAGAGGGCCGUGGUGGGCCUCAUCAGACUGGCCAUCCGCCUGCUGCGCAGAGAGGACAUCAGCUCCCAGGUGCUGCUGUCCCUGCGUCUCCUGCUGAUGAUGAAACCACACGUCCUGGCCCGGGUUAGCCGGGAGGUGGCCUAUGGCCUCCAUGAGCUGCUUAAGACCAACGCUGCCAACAUCCACUGCACAGACGACUGGUUCACCCUUUUCUCUCUAAUCGAGUGCAUCGGGGCCGGGAUCAAACCCCCCGCCUCCUUCAGGGUCACCUCCACUACCCCAGACAUCGACACAGGUGCCCAGUCGGACAGUGAGCUGUCGUUCCACCACCCCAGUGAGGUGAGUCUGGACCGGGGGUACACCUCUGACUCUGAGGUCUACACGGAGCACGGAAAGUCCAGGAUGCCCCGCUCUGUCACUGACGUGGACGUGACCAGCAGCGGAUGGCUGGUGGUUGGGAAAGACGACCUGGACAUCAGCAAGGUAGCGGCUUCUGGCUCCAAGACCCUGCUAAACCCUCUAGUGAACCAGUACAGCCUGACCCUGGGUCAAGACAUGGGUUUCCACGACACCAAGUCUCUCAUCAAGUGUGUGGAGUCCCUCUCCUUCAUAGUACGCGACGCUGCACACGUCACCCCCGAGAACUUUGAGCUGUGUGUCAAGGCCAUCCGGGUGUUUGUGGAGGCCAGCCUAAACGGAGGCUACAGGACCUAUGAGAAGAAGAAGAACCACAAGUACGACUCCCAGAAGUCCCGUGUGAGGAGGAAGCCCCGGGACAAGGAGGGGGCAUCCCGCCGCGCCAAGGCCUCCAACCAGAGGCCUUCCCGUUCCCAUAGCGACGACGAGGAGGACGAGGGGGUCCCUGCCAGCUACCACACGGUGUCAUUACAGGUUAGUCAGGACCUGUUAGAUCUGAUGCACACGCUGCAUACGAGGGCCUCCGGCAUCUACAGCUCCUGGGCAGAGGAGCAGCGCCGCCUGGAGCCUGUAGGGAAGAAGAUUGAGGCCGACUCCCAGACACUGUGGACCAGCUGCUGGUGCCCACUGCUCCAAGGGAUAGCCUGGCUGUGCUGCGACGCCAGGAGGCUGGUGCGAAUGCAGGCCCUGACCUACCUCCAGAGGGCACUGUUGGUCCAUGACCUGCAGACACUAGAUGCUGUGGAGUGGGAGUCCUGCUUCAACAAGGUGCUGUUCCCCCUGCUGACCAAGCUUCUGGACAAUAUUAGCCCUGCAGACGUGUGUGGCAUGGAGGAGACCAGGAUGAGGGCUUGCACCCUGCUGUCAAAGGUGUUCCUGCAGCACCUCUCUCCCCUGUUGUCUCUGUCCACUUUCGCUGCCCUGUGGCUCACCAUCCUGGACUUCAUGGACAAGUACAUGCACGCUGGCUCCAGUGACCUGCUGCUGGAGGCCAUCCCAGAGUCUCUGAAGAACAUGCUGCUGGUGAUGGACACAGCAGGAAUCUUCCACAGCGCUGACUCUCGUACGGGAUACUCUGACCUGUGGGAGAUCACUUGGGAACGCAUCGACUGCUUCCUGCCUAACCUCCGGGAGGAGCUCUUCAAACAGACAGUCAUACCACAACCAGAUCCUGCUCCUAGUCCCCCAGUGGAGCUUGUCCAGCUGGCUGCCCCCUGCCCCCCAGCCUCGCCACCCCCAGCUCAGGCCCCAUCUCCUGUGCCAGUGCCAGCUGCCCCCACAGAGCCAAAGACCUCCAGCAGACCAGUGUCGCCCCAAGGUCCCCCACCACCUAGUACCAACGGAACAGACAGAUCAUCUCCAGUGCCCCCGUCGACUCCCCCCAUGCCCACCCCAGUGAAGAUGUCUCCCCAGAUCUCUAGCCCACUGAUCCAGUCCCCCACAAGUCAGUCCCCCCUCAUCCUGCAGCCCCUGGCCUCCCAUCUGCAGGUGGGGGGCGUGCCCCCUAUGUCCCUCCCCAUUAUCCUCAACCCCGCCCUCAUUGAGGCCAGUUGCCCUGUCCCCCUGCUCCCCGCCCCCCACUGACCAUAGUGACACCCCGCAGGUCAAAUAGAGCCACCAUAGCCCUAUGCCUACUCUCACGGGGGGCACUCCAUCCCCCACCUGUCCCCUAAACAACAUAGCUUUCUCCUUAGGCUCUGCCCCCCUUCACACAGGGGAAUAAACCGUCUGUGACACGCAGAGAGAGACCCUGGACAUCCAUGGUCACCUCUCAGACGACACUAAACAACAGACACAUCUAGCUUUGAAGUCUUAUCUAACAUCCUGGGGCCUGCUGUCCUUCAAUAUUCACUUAUUCGGCAGACAUUUUUUGGAACUCCGUCGGGGUCUCAAAUUACUUUCGAGAGUUAGAUUAGUAGAAUACACAAGGUGCAAGUUUGAAAAUUGGUUGUGCAUUAGCAGUUUUUCUCUUGUUUUGUCAGUCACUCCAAUUAGCCAUGUCGUCUAACAAUUUUUUGAUUGGUAAAUUAGUCUAGCCAGUUAUCUAAACUUGUAGUAAUCAUGGCCAAAUACUGACAGGGCACUUGCCCAGGGGCCCUGACUUCUAGGGGGCCCACCAUUUUUUUGAUUUUGUUAGUCACUCUCUGCUAAAUGACUUAAAUGUAAAUGUAAAUAUCAUUAACAUGGCAAAAUGUGUAGAAUUGCAGUAAAUUGGCUUUAAAACUGCUAAAAUGUCUCUCCACCCCAUGGAAAAAUGGGAAACAAUUGCAAGGAAAUAAGCUUUAAAACAGCAAAGUCAGUAGAAUUGCAUGAAAUGUAUGGCAAAAAUGUCUAUUCCCCAUGGCAAAAUGUAUAGAACUGCAGUAAACUUGCUUUAAAACUGCUAACAUUUUUCUCUACACCCCAUGGCAAAAUGUUUUCCAGGAAAUUACUUUAAAAUAUAUUUUUCUCCACCCUCAAGGGGUGGGGCACAAGAAAAAUGGCCCGCUUGGUGGGGGGCCCCCCCAACCAAAUCUCGCUUAGGGCCCCCAAUAGCUUGAGUAUGCCUGUGCUUAACAUUAAUCUAGAGGUUCUGCCAGGAACAAAAUCAUAGUGAAUAACUUAUUUGGGUUUUAGGUACUGCAUGUUGUUUACUGAAUAGGAUGUAAACAGAUUAAUUUACUCCAGUCAAAGUGUCAGGGCACUGUCUUAAAACAAAAACAGACCUAUAUCAUAACUAUUUUAUUGGAGGGUCGAAAUGUAAGUGUACAGUAAUAUAAAGCAUACAUAGUUUCUAUAUUUCCAGUAUAAAAUUGUGUCAGAGGUUAGAAAUUAGCCUACAAAUUGUCACAAUCUUGUUUGCAAAUUUUUAUUACAAUGGCCCUAAAACACAAAAGAACAAAGAUAUGUUUUAAAACGACACUUUACGUACUUAAAUACUGUUAUACCCAAGCGGGACAAAGGUGUGCAUGGUUUGGCUUGGAAAGAUGGAUUUGAGAUGCUGCCAUUGCUAACAAGGGCAGCACCUAGAACAUUCCGAAUGUGACAACUGGUCUGGCCUGGGUGUGUGGUUGGUUCGCUGUGUUCUGUGAUGGUGGAACUCUGUACGUGUCAGCUUUUGUCGAUCAGGUUAGGAGAGUUUAAUAGUAAGGUCUUAAUGAGAUUAUUUAAUGGAGUACAAUAUUGCCUUUUGUCAUUUGUAUCCGGGUGUGUUUGUCACGUUUGUGUAAUAAAUGUUUUGUCACAUACACCGGAUAGGUGCAGUGAAAUGUGUUAUUUUACAGAGUCCACCAUAGUAGUACGGUGCCCCUGGAGCAAAUUAGGGUUAAGUGCCUUGCUCAAGGGCAUAUCGACAGAUUUCUCCCCUUGUCAGCUCGGGUAUUCGAACCAGCGACCUUUCGGUUACUGGUCCAACACUCUAAGCAACAUGAUGCAUACAGCAAUUGUGGCCAGUUAAGACUUCAGUAAGCAUAUUGUCAUAUUAUAUGACGUGAGCAGAUUGAGCAUAGACCGCAAUCAGUAAAUCUGAGACAAGCAGAUCUUAAAUUCAGUUUUCAUUUUCAAGAGAUGAGAUGAUUUGGUCCAGAUCAUCUGCGCAAGUUUCAUACGGGACUACAAUUACCCCACUUGACUCAGUGAAAGUAUAUUUGCAUUUCACCGUCUGUACAUUAAGCUAUGGAUUGCAGAGGAGUUGGAGCCUUGAUCAUCUUAUCAAACGAUACUCGUACCAGACUUCUCACUGCAUGUGAUGACGGAAGAACAAACAAUGGUUUUCAAAAGCCUCAACCACUUAGAACACAUCAGGUGUCUAUUUUGAAAACCCAACCUUGUGAUCGGAGUCAACUUCAGUGCAGCUUAUUUCUUGGCCGUUACCCCUAUCAGUCUAUAGUAUUUUUAUAGCUAUGAAUGGGGUGUUGGGGAAUUAAUACUCUCGUCGAAGCACAGUUGGGAGCAACUACUUCCAUGUCAGGUUACAUUACUCUCCGAAUCCUCUGCCUUAUGUCAGAAAUCGCAUUAGUCUGUGCACAAACACAACACAAUGAAGUGGAAGCCCCUCUGUCAGGGGUGUCUUUUUGUAAGUUGUUAUGUUAAUUUGUUGUACUGCAUUGUUAGGUAUACCAGGAGCUAAUUCUUGAGUGAACAAGAAAUUACAUGAAUAUAAUGUAUAUAUGAAGAAUAGGUCAUGUACUUUUUACAAUGUGAUAAAUGUAAUGAAACUGGAUUGUUGUCUUAUUCAUGGGUGUUAGUAAAUUAUGCAUUAAUCAAGCUG